AUGACUGCUUCAGAUCAAGAUGAGACAGAGCAAUUUGGUGAGUGGUUAUUAAAAGUUGGUGAUGGUUUAAUAGGUGAUAAUAUGGAUGGUGAAUCUGAGAUAUGUCUUCCAGGAGAUAUCGUUAUUCCUUCUUCGGACCAGGCAUUUGAUGAGUUGGUUCAUUUUUCUUAUCCAAAUAGUUCAGAUAACAUGUCCUCAAAGGAUUUUUUCAAAGCAAGAACUAUACUGGCUCCCACACUAGACAUUGUUAAAGAGGUCAACAACCAUCUGAUGGAUAUCAUUCCUGGAGGAAAAAAAUUAUAUCUUAGUUCAGUUUCGAUUUGUAUGGAUGAAGAGAAUAUGGAGAGUCAACUAGAUCUCUAUGGUCCUGAAUUACUGAAUAGCAUAAAUUACUGUGGUUUACCUCCACAUAAAUUAAUACUCAAGGUUGGUGUUCCGGUGAUGUUACUGAGGAAUAUUAACCAGUCCAGUGGUCUUUAUAAUGGUAUAAGGCAACAAGUUAGGAAGUUUAGAAAUCAUGUCAUAGAAUGUGAAAUCUUAACGGGUAACAAUGUUGGUCAUAUUGCUAUGAUUCCAAGAAUGAAUAUGGUACCAACAAAUGCAACUGUCACAGUUAGAUUCCAACGAAGACAUUUUUUAUAA